GGCUACUGGAAGUCCCCAGCAGAGAGAAGCCUUUAGUUCGGUCGUCCGUGUUUUUUUUACAGUCUAUGGUCGUGCACGAACCGAUUCAAUGGCGCUACGUUCAGCACGUGAUUCUCAGAUAUUUAUAAUCGGAUGUGGCAUCUCAGGAAUUGGUGCCGCUCAGAAAUUACUUAAACACGGUUUUCAUAAUGUACACAUAAUAGAAGCGACUGCGAGAAGCGGGGGGAGAAUACGAACGGGCAGACUGGGUGAUAACAUUAUAGAGAUCGGUGCCAACUGGAUCCAUGGCCCAUCGACGGAAAACCCAGUGUUUUGUUUGGCAUGUGACUACCAGCUCCUUAACAAAGAGUCAAUGUCCGAAGAAAACCAGGCCAUUGAUGUUGGUGGUCAUCCGCUGUUUGUUCCCAACUGGUUUACCAGUUCAGGUCGGAAACUGGGGCUUGAGACGAUGGGGCCAGUGGUGGAGUUUUUCAUGAAAUUACUGGAAAGGAGUCAGCAGUUCCAUGACAGUGGUGGAGAACCUCUGCUGAGUGUUGGGGAGUUUGUCAAGGCUGAGGUUGAACGACUGGCCCCAGAGGAGUGGAAGGAGGACCAGGCUAACACUGCAUUAAGACUGGGCAUGAUAAACACACUGCUGAAGGUGGAGUGCUGUGUCAGUGGAACCCACACGAUGGAUGAUGUAGGCCUGGGAGCCUUCGGCAUGUAUAAAACUCUCCCAGGAUUAGAUUGCACUUUCCCAGGAGGUUAUGAAGGUUUAAUCGAUCACAUGAUGAAGGAACUUCCCAAGGACAUAGUCUUGUACAACAAGCCAGUGAAGUGCAUUCACUGGAACUACACUAAGAAUAGACCAUCAGGAACAUCAUUUCCUGUUACGAUUGAAUGUGUGAAUGGAGAGACAUUUGCAGCAGACCAUGUUAUUGUCACUGUCCCACUGGGGUACCUUAAGCAGCACCAGAGCACUUUUCUGAGCCCUCCUCUUCCACUGCAUAAAUUGCACUCUAUCCAGAGAAUGGGCUUUGGGACCAACAACAAGAUCUUUCUUGAGUUUGAGCAGCCUUUCUGGGAUGAAGACUGUGAAUUGAUUUACCUCGUCUGGGAGGACGAGACACAUCUUGCUGAUGUUGUUUCUGAUGUAAAGAACUCCUGGAUCAGAAAGUUAGUUGGGUUCACUGUGCUGAAGCCCACAGAGAGAUAUGGGCAUGUGCUCUGUGGAUGGAUCGCAGGACGGGAGUCUGAGUACAUGGAAACUCUGUCUGAACAUGAAGUUCUGCACAGUGCCACACAGCUCCUGCGCAUAUUUACUGGAAAUCCAACUAUUACACCAAGGAAGCUUUUAAGAUCUCAGUGGUUCCAUGAACCCUAUUCCUGUGGAUCUUACACCUAUGUGGCCAAAGGUUGCUCAGGAUAUGACAUAGAUAACCUUGCUGAACCCUUGCCGCUGAAAGGCUCAAAUUCUAAGUCUUUGCAGGUGUUAUUUGCAGGAGAAACAGGUCUUUUGGAGCGUUGCUGA